GGGAGGUCAGCGAGAUCGCUGUGACACCGGCCGAAAAUGUCCAUUUGGAGCUCGCCGACAAGUCGGCCGACCUAAAUUAUUGAUUUUAAUAGUAAAGGGGGCUUAACCGAUCUACAAAUUCGGCCGGCGUUCGCAUGAAUUGUAAAGCCGGACACCGGCACAACAGGUAUAUUAAAGGUGAGACCAAUGACCAAUGGGCAUUUCUGAUUCUGGGUCAAUAGUUUGUAGUUAUGUCAGGACAGGGAAGUCACACAGACGCGCGGGGCCAGUGACUCGUGUUAACACUACUGUUCUGUGCCGCGGAAGGAAACAUUUCAUCAUGGGUUUGAAGGAGUGUAACACAUCAAGAAUAUUCAAGUCGUGUAACACAUCAAGAAUGUUCAAGUCAAUGAUGGUGCUUUUCUUUGUGUUGCCCUUGGUUAUGUUGUUCCUGACUCGGUACGAACUGUCCACGAAUGCAGAACCACGACUUCACACAAAGAACGCUGGCAGUGACUUCCGCGAGACACCUCAACGUGUCGAAAAGCCAACAGCCAAUGAUACCAUCGUGCCAGCGACUUCAGGACGCCCCAAUGACACAGGGAACGUCCAAGGCGAUUCCACCAAUCAGACGUCUGUGCAGAACAACACAGCACAAGUACUAGGACCUGGGAUUCACGCGGCAAAGAACAACACGAAAUGGCGUUUCAACAGUACUGAGGUGCAGAAGAUGAGACAACACAUCCUCAAGUUUUACAACCCGGAAACAAACCUGACGCUGAGGAAGUCAGGCAUACGGAUUGGGCAACAGCUGAAAUACGAAAUGAAAUGGGGUAACAAGACUUCACUCAACGUCACAAAAAAUUUCUUCAUGUUAAUUCCGGAGGAAUCACCUCUGAAGGACCGUCACUUUAACACCUGUACAGUCGUGGGCAACUCUGGCAUCCUACUGAACAGUAGCUGUGGUCAAGAAAUCGACUCCAUGGACUUCGUCAUUCGGUGUAACCUGCCUCAAAUCGAAGGUUAUGAGAAAGAUGUCGGCUCCAAGGCGAAUCUAACCACAAUGAACCCCUCCGUGAUCGGGCAACACUUCGGCCAGUGGGAAAAUAAAACAGCGGAUGAUUAUGAUCGGUUGAUACGACGUCUGGAACAAAUUGGUGACCAGAUCCUGUACGUACCCACUUUAGCGUCUUGGGUCGGAUAUCAGUGGGUAAGCGCAAUCAUACAGAUCCUUCUUCAGCAUAAACUACCGAUGAAGACUGCUUUUCCACCGGGAAUUAACCCUGUUGUGAAAUUAGCUUGGACAAAGGCUGGGUUUAAGAUGUCGGCGCUCCGUCCGUCCACGGGUGUUACCAUGUACACGCUGGCUGCCACCAUCUGCGACCAGAUCCACAUGUACGGAUACUAUCCGCACAGCAAAGACACACGAGGCAGGGCGAUCAGCUACCACUACUACGACAAGGUGUCGGGCGACAAGUUUGCUCAUAACUUCCUAGAGGAAUUCAGGGCGUUUCAGGAGCUCCAUCGGCGGGGUGCAUUGGUACUGCACACAGAACCAUGCCGUUAAUUUUCUAGCGAAUGCAUAGAUUUCAUUUUAUACGUUUCGAUUAUAAGGCCGUAUAUCAUAGAUGAUUAUAACAUCCGUUCAUCAUCGAGUUAUUUUGUUGUACCAAGGGCGUUCUUGGUUGUACAGAGUCUUUACUGGCUGAAGACGCUACUGUAGAUAUAAGCACCAUGAAUAUUUCAUGGUGAUAAUGAAAUAAUGAAUGAGUGAGUGAGUGAAUGAAGGUCUUUAUUAUACAUUUUAUCACACUGGGCUAGGUACAGGUCACAACAAACAUGUUGAACAGAUUCAGUUAGCCCAUCGUUGGCCAUGGAUAAAUCUAUCUUCUCCUCACAUUUCUGUUACAGUGAAGAUAAAAGAACAGAUAUUCUAUAAUCGAUGAAUUGUUUGUUUAAUCCUUCCUUUAUUCAUGAGAAGCUCAAAUCGACCUGCAGGCCGCUUUUCAUUGAGGUCAUGAAGGAGGUAAAGUCAGUUGCAUUAGGAAUAUGGAUUUUUCUACAGAAGUUGAGUGAAUGAAAUACGGAUGAAUGAAGUAGGGUUUUGUACAACCUUAUACAGUUCAAGUUUCUCUUCGCUAUACAAUCUAUAUUCUAUUACAAACUGACAUUCGUCCUCUAUUGUAUCUAAAUUACUAGUAUAAUAUCUGCAUAGCCAUUGUUCCAAAGGGGUGUGGGUGGGUGUAUCUUCCGGGUUUCAAUGUGUGGUCAUGUUGUGUCAGCUGAUCUUUAAUCUUGUGACUGCAUUCCUGUGCCUCAUAUUUUCAUUACUUGCAUAUCUUUCUUGAUUAUAUGUGGAUUUGAACUAUC